AUGGUAGUGCGUUGGGAUAGUCACCGAGCACCCUCGACCAGAUCUUUGGCGAGCAGUAGCUACCGGGAAAAUCUGGAUGAAGAGACGUUCCUCUAUCCUCGUGGUCCCUCUGCUCCCUUUAUCGGAGGCAAUUAUGACCCAGGUUUGGUUUGGAGCCAAAUUCUCAGUCUCAGCAUGCUACUCGUCGUCUUCGUUUCUUUCCUUUUCAUCAAGUGUCAUCCCUCGGACGAAAUGAAAACGGAUCGCAGUGGCAGAGGUGACGCUGCCACUAGCGGGUACAAGAACCACGUAGGAUCGGAUCGGAUUGGUAUGGCCGGUGCGGAGCCAGAGGAGCCGACCCCUGUCAGAGAUGGACAGGAGUACUCAGGACGCCUGGGUAAACCCCCACCUGGUUUUCCAAAAGUCAUUUUUCACGUGUUCCUCGCAUGUUCCAUCAAAAUGAUAUACAUGCGAUAUGUCCAGGCUCUGACCAGUAAUCCGUUGUUUCCUAAUGUUACGUGGUCCGUGCAUAUCCGUUGCGAUGACCACUGCUGGAGCUGA